UGGGCAGCUAACAAAUAGUUAUAGUAAAUAAAUUUAUAGCCUAAGCUGGAUAAAAAUGCAAAUCUGAUGAGCCAUAACUCAGGACGGCCAUUCACAGGUACAAAUAUUUUGUGUAGGAAUGCUAUCCGGUCGAAAUUUAAAAUAAUAAUAACAAGGCGCGAUACCCUCACAAAAGUCAUACCCAUUUUUUUUGCACAUAUUUGAAUAAAUAUAUAUCGAGUCAAAAGGCUGCAAUUAAGAUAAACGCUCAGUAUAAGAGAGACAUAAAUCAAAAAUGCCAAUUGGAAAUAUUAUCAAAAAGGCAUCCAACUUUAUUCUCGGUGAAGAGAGGAACGAUGAAAAAAUCGAUAUCGCUUACGAAGACAACGAAAUACUUUUUUGCAAGAACAAUGUGUGCAUACAUCCUCCGACCGUGGCUCGACAGGAGUCGGACAUUUUGCACUAUCCCGGCUACUUGACAUGCACCACGAAAACCUUUAUCGAUCAGUACAAUAGCGCGAAGAGACCAACUCUGCUGUUAACCUGGAUACCAAACUCAUCACUCUGCAAGUGCAAUGAAAAUGAGAAUGAGGCUGUUUACAAUCGCAGCCAGGACAUGUUACCUUCAAAUGGACAUUUCUCACCCACGUCUCAAGUUGCGGUGCCGGCGCCAAAGAUGAUCGAUGACACAGAACAGGAGCAGGAGUUGGGAACACGGGCUGAGGAUGAAAACACUGUGGAUAUGCAGGAAUUGAAGAAUGAGUUGCAGCCUUUGUUGGGUGGACAGACUGCAUCGAUUGGCGACUUGACUGCCCUGCUCAAGAAGAAUCCCAUCACGUCUGUGAACAUUACCAUUUCGAAUCCCCAGAUCGAGAAUAGCAACAUCUCGCAGUCAUACAAUUGCAUAAUUUCCUCACCGGACAGCGAUGGCAGCCAAAGGGCAGGAGUUGGAAGAUCUGAUCAGCCGGCACAUCAACUGAACUCGGAUGGCUCAGUGUCCGAUGAUAACAACCCCAAUUGGAUGACCCCGGAACUGCUGGCCUUCAAGCAUAACCUGGUAUUCCCAGAAAGUGCCAACGCAACUCCAACUGUACGCCGCAAAGCCGUCAUCCGGGGUCGUCGUUUCUCCGUUGAUCUCAGUCAAAUGCGCUCAUUGCGCCUCUUCUUCAAUGAUGAUAAAUGCACUUCGGGUCAACUGGUGAUUGCCUCACGGGAGUCACAAUACAAGAUACUCCACUUUCAUUAUGGUGGCUUGGAUCACUUGGCCCAGGUGCUCCAUCAGUGGCAUUGUUUUCUACACAACAUUACCUUGGCACCUGGACAGGAGAAGAUGAAUUUGCCGUAUCGACACUUCAUGGUCUGUCGCCCCGAAGUCAAGCAGUCCGAGAUGCAUCCCGAUGAGGGCAAUGUGAAGCGAAUCACCACGAACUUCUUCUACGGCACGUUGCUCAAUGAGAAGGGACAAAUCGAUGAUGAUUUGCUGCUGCGCAAGUGCGUCUUCUUUGGCGGCCUGGAGAAGAGUCUGCGUAAAACCGUUUGGCCCUUUAUCUUGAAAUGUUAUUCGUUCUCAUCCACCUUUGAGGAUCGAGCUGUGCUCAUGGAUAUCAAGCGACAAGAAUACGAUGAAAUCACACGCAAGCGUUUGUAUUCCAUGUCGCCGGAGCAGCAGGCACAAUUUUGGAGAACCGUGCAGUGUGUUGUUGAAAAGGACGUGGUUCGCACCGAUCGUACAAAUCCCUUCUUUUGUGGUGAUGACAAUCCCAACACCGAGAUGAUGAAAAACAUUCUCCUCAACUUUGCCAUCUACAACACGAGCUUAUCCUACUCACAGGGUAUGAGCGAUCUCUUGGCACCCGUGUUGUGCGAGGUGCAAAACGAAUCGGAAACCUUCUGGUGUUUUGUGGGCCUAAUGCAACGAGCGUUCUUCGUUUGUACCCCGACGGACAACGAUGUCGACCAUAAUCUGAGCUACCUUCGUGAGUUGAUAAGACUCAUGCUGCCGCGUUUCUAUGAGCACUUGCAACGACACAACGAGGCCAUGGAGCUACUGUUUUGCCAUCGAUGGCUUUUGCUAUGCUUUAAACGAGAAUUUACUGAGGCCGUGGUCAUACGAAUGUGGGAGGCUUGCUGGUCAAACUAUCUCACCGACUACUUUCAUCUGUUCCUUUGCCUGGCUAUUAUAGCUGUCUAUGCUGAUGAUGUCAUUGCUCAGAACCUGCGUGCCGACGAGAUGCUCCUACAUUUUAGCUCUCUGGCCAUGUAUAUGGAUGGUCAACUGAUUUUGAGGAAGGCACGGGGAUUGCUGUAUCAAUAUCGACAGCUACCAAAGAUUCCAUGCACUCUAAGUGGCUUGUGCAAACGUUGUGGACCUGGCAUGUGGGACUCUGAGCAUCGGCCAGCACUCGAGUGUGUCGGUCAUACCGAUAAUGAGAAGUGCUCCUUGGGCAUUGAUUAAUUUAUGUGGCUUCUACUGUUGUAUAUCGAGUUAAUCUUAUUUAUAUAUUGCAAUUAUGUGUUAUUGAUGAAAGCUUUCAAGCGAGUGCUUUUAAAUAAACUAUAUACUAUAUAUAUAUGCCUUUGCCUAAAUAAAUAAUUACUUUGUCAAAAA